CACCCAUCUAUCAUUUUCGCCCUUAUCUGUGGUUUCGCAUUCACCGCCUUCUCGUUCCUUCCAAAUAUCCAAAACGACUUUUGUUCGCUCUAACUUACAACACAAGAAAUGCUCUCAAUGUGAACCAAAACAAUCAAAUUUGGAGUGGAGGCAGAGCAGUUUGUACCGCCAACUCGACAUUUACGUCCUGUUUGAGGCCAAUUUCUGAGAAAAUUGAUUAUCACUACACUAAACCCUAGGUGUUCUCCUUUUUAUUCCUUGUUUUAUCCCCAGUUUAGAUCUGUUGUUGUGGGGGUGUUGCUGUACGGUAAUUUUGAAGAAAGUGUGUUCAGUAUGUAUGUGUUAGAUCUGUAGGAUUUUUUAUUUUAUUUUUUGAUGGAAGAGGGGAAGGGAAAGUGGUGUUUGGUUUUCAGUGGAUUGGUGAGGUAGGUUGGAUUAGUUAUUGUGCGGUUGAAUUCGGUUUACGAAUUGAAAUUGGAGUCUUGGAAAGAGGCCUGGGAGUUAGUUAUCGCAUGCUAACCUUUGAUUCAGAAAUUCUGCCGAUUCUUGUGUAAAGCUGGAUGUACAUCUUACUUUCUUCGACGCGGUAGUGUUGAUUUUGUUUUUGAGAAGCUGCUGCUGGUGGAUUUGGUGAUUGCGAGAGUAACGUGUAGCUUGGUUGGAUUUUUUCGCAUAGUCUGAAGAAAAUUGGCAGCGGAUUGAUGACUGAUUUGAUGUCUGGCCUGCAUUUUACAGAAGGUAUAGAGCCAUGUGCGAAGGAGAUAGCUACAGAAUCGUGUAAUGAUGAUGAAGUAGGGUGUUGUGUUGCUGCUGUUGUUGGGGAAGGGGCAAAUCACGCGGAACUAGAUAUGGAGUGUUUCACUGACAAGCGUAUGGUAGAAAUAUUGACACCUACUGAACUGCAUCCUUCUCUUGAAAGUCAUGCGAAAGAUGUUGUGAUGGUUACUGAACAGGAACUUUCCCCAGAAGUUCAACUGAAUGAUGUCCGUGGGGAUUGUGUUGGGUCACAACCUCAACCUCAUGCGCAGGCAGUGAUCAAUACUGCAGAGCAAGAGCCCUCUGCUGAGAGCCUCAAAACUGAAGCAUUUGAAACCGACAUCGUUAAGAAUGUUAGUGAAAUGGUAAUGGAAACCUGUACUGGUAAUGAUCCCUCAGAACCUUGUGAUGGUAAUCUAGUGAUAUAUCAUAGUAGCAGUAAUGCAAUAAAUGAGUUUGGCACAGAGCCAUGUCCGGCUGGUGACGUGAAGGAGUCCUCUAAUGGUGAUGUGUGCUCUGAAGUUUUAAAUCCAAAUAAGUCCCCAAAUCAUGUGCUCGACAAAGUUAAUGUUCGCUGCGGAGAGGUUACAUCUCCUUGCUGUGGAACUUCGUUUUCUGAAGGGAGUUCCGGAAAGGAAGAGCAUGGUGAUGUCAAAUUGGAAUCGGUUCCCACAUCCUGUGUGGUGCUUGAAAUUCCAAAGCAUAUAAGGCCUACUGGUAUUAGGAAAUUAACUUUUAAGUUCAGAAAACGGAAGGAGGAUUUUGACAGUGAUGUAUCUGCUGCCUUGAAGACCUUGUACAAGAAUGGAUUUGAGAAAGGAUCUUUGGCUCAUAAGAAUGCGAAGAUGGAUUUAAACAUGGCUUGUAUUCCUAACAGGGAGCUGAUGAUGUCGAAGAAAAUAAUACCGGAUAACUACCCUGCUAAAAAGCUUCUUCAUGUACCUUCCCUCAACCAACAAAGCAAUGUAGAGGUGUCAGCAGAGCUGAAGCGUCCCAUCAAGAAGCUAAGGCACAGUGUAUCUAGCUCAUUGUGGGAUCAAAAGAAGACCUCAGAAGGCGGUACAAAGAAAAGGGACAAUGAUUUGCAUAAAUUGCUUUUUAUGCCAAAUGGGCUGCCUGAUGGAACUAGUUUGGCUUAUUACUCUAAGGGAAAGAGGAUUCUUGGUGGCUACAAGCAAGGGAAUGGCAUAGUCUGUAGUUGUUGUAAUACAGAGAUAAGUCCUUCGCAAUUUGAGGCUCAUGCUGGAUGGGCUGUGAAACGUCAACCCUAUCGCCAUAUUCAUACAUCUAGUGGAUUGACACUUCACGAUGUAGCCUUGAUGUUGGCAAAAGGCCGCAAUCUUACCUCAUGCGGCAAUGAUGAUGUAUGCUCUAUAUGUGGAGAUGAAGGUGACCUGAAAACAUGCAAUGGAUGCUCACGAGCAUUUCAUGCAGCUUGCGUCGAUCCGCUAUGUCUUCCCACGGAUGAUUUGCACUGUCCAUCCUGUGGCGACAAAAUUAGUCCUUGUAGAAGAGCAUCUGGAGAGUCGAGACCUAUUAUCCUUAGGUUAAGAAGAGUCGUUAAAGCACCAGAAUUUGAAUCUGGUGGUUGUGUCAUCUGCAGGUCACAAGACUUCAGUGCAGUUAAAUUUGAUGAUCGAACUGUGAUUAUAUGUGAUCAAUGUGAGAAGGAAUAUCAUGUCGGUUGUCUGCGUGAGACUGGAAUGUCUGAUCUGAAAGAACUUCCUGAGGAUAAAUGGUUUUGUUGUGAUAGCUGCUAUAAAAUUUCUGAAACACUUCAGAAUAUGGCCUGUAGUGUGCCCGAGUCAAUUCCUGCUGCAGUGUCAGCUGCAUUAUAUAAGAAGCAAACAAUGAUAGCUCCUGAGCAUUUUCCCGAUGGUCUUAAGAAUGAGAUUCGGUGGUGCAUUUUGAGCGGGAAGGAAUGUGCUCCCGAACAUUCAUUUCUACUCUCGCGAGCUGCAGCAAUUUUCCGUGAGUGCUUUGAUCCUAUUGUUGCCAAAUCUGGUCGAGAUCUCAUCCCAAUUAUGGUGCAUGGAAAGAACAUAUCUGGUCAAGACUUCAGCGGAAUGUACUGUGCAGUUUUAAUUGUUAAGUCUGUUGUUGUAUCAGCUGCUCUUCUCAGAAUAUUUGGACAAGAAGUUGCUGAACUUCCUCUAGUGGCAACUAAUAGAGAAAAUCAAGGAAAAGGCUAUUUUCAAGCACUGUUUUCCUGCAUUGAGAGGCUUCUGUCUAGCAUGAGUAUUAAACACCUGGUACUCCCUGCAGCCGAGGAAGCCGAACCCAUGUGGACAAAUAAGCUCGGCUUCAGGAAGACAAGCCACGAGCAAAUGCUCAAGUAUAGAUACUUCCAGAUAACCAUAUUUAAAGGGACAUCAUUGCUGGAAAAGGAUGUACAACAAGCUACAAAGACGACGACGGCAGAUUGAAAAAACUUAAAGUGAAGCAGAUGCAGAUUCAUGAGCAAUCAUCAGGACAUAGUUUGAUGCACAGUUUGAUUCUCUCAAUGGUAAUGCAUAAUCUUGAGCUCAUCUGCCUGUACUAACUCAAUUUGUCCUGUUUUUGAAAAUAAAGAGACUUGUAAUAGUGCAAUUGCAAUGGAGUCCUACUCCUGCCUAAUGUCAUAUCAACUUAUCAAUUGCGCUUGCUGUUGCUGUUCUACUUUGUACUCUCUGUUUUUUCCCUUAGUUUUGGUUUGAUAAAAUUUGAUUUA